AUGAACCAAACCUCAAUGUCCGUGUCAGAGUUCGUCUUGCUUUGUACAAUCGACUCCCAGAAGAAAAGCUACACCAUUGUUAUGCUCACUGUGGUCUACUUGGUGACGCUGCUUGGGAAUUUCCUGGUAGUUCUGGUCAUAGCAAUGAAUCCUCAGUUGCAAAAGCCCAUGUAUGUUGGCAUUGCAGCUUUAGCAAUAAUCGACUUGGUUGGCAGCACAAAUAUUAUUCCCAAACUAAUUGCUGUUCUUUCAGACUGGGCAGCUAUUCCCUAUGGGUUUUGCUUGCUUCAGAUGGUUUUGGUGUUAUAUUUAGGGGCAGCAGAAUCCUAUCUGUUGGUUUUCAUGGCAUGUGACCGCUAUGUGGCAGUGGUCCAUCCACUGCGAUAUUCUACAUUGGUGACAAAAAGAGCCAUCUUGGCUGCUAGUACAUUAAUAUAUUUGGCUACAGCUGCUUUUGUUUUAGCUAUGCUGAUUUUCAUCACGGAGUUGUCUUUUUGUAAUACUAAUAUCCUAAAUUAUUGUUUUUGUGAUUAUUCAUCACUAGUUAAAAUAGCUUGCAAGGAAGAUCCUAAAUACUUUCUCCCUCUGUCAGUUGGUUCUUUUGUUUUUGGCAUUUGUCCAUUUGUAUUUAUUUUACUUUCCUAUGCGCGGAUUGCUUAUGCUGCUCUGAAGAUCUCAUCUAGUGAUGGAAAAAAGAAGACUCUGAAUACGCUCACCACUCAUCUACUGGUGGUGGCACUCUUCCUUAUUCCACUUGUAUUGUCCUACCUGUUAACUGCAGUAGGAGUGAAGCUGUCUACUGAAUCAUACAACACCAUGAUAAUUGUGGCAAAUAUCGUGCCACCAAUGUUCAAUCCCAUGAUAUACAGCUUCAGAAACAAGGAGAUCCGUAGCAGCAUCCAGAAACUUUUCAAAAGUGCAAAAUUUUAA